AUGACUUGGGGAAAAAAUGGUGCCAAGGGUGCAGCAACGCCCUACAUCGUCUGUCCUCACUGCUCUAGGGCGGGUAAGCAGAGCUGGAUUUUCGUAGACAGAGUCCAGCACCACCCCUUUUGCAACCUGUGUGGCAACGCCUGGAAGACCAAGGGUGCUCCGGUCACUCAAAGACUGCGCCCGCGGGGUCCCAAGAAGAACAGGGACAGAAGCGCAACCACUGAGAGUGCCACCCAAAGCCCCCAACGGCCUAGGAAUCAAGAGGGCAACCUCUCCAAAGCCGUCACGACACUUUGGCUGAAGUUUCCCCCAGAGGUCCAGAAGGAACUGAGCGAGGCAGGUUUCCAAGCAGGCCGGCAGCCGAGUCCGCCUCCAGGCCUCCAGUCUGGAAAAGGCAACGGGGCAAAGGGUGGGCUUGACGAGCAGGCCGAAGCCUCUAAGAACCUGUGGGAUUCUGCGUCUGAUGAUCAGAAGAAGCUGAUGCGCCAAGCUGGCAUCCCUGAGCCGGUUGCGUCGGAGCCAACAGACCUUGCGGCCCUUUGCAAGAAGCACUUGGAGUCAAUGCCGCCUUCGAUCCAGCAAGCCCUUGCAGCACUUGAUCCUCCGGCCCCCACGCAGACUCAGCAGAUUGAGAUUGCAACUCGUCGCUUUAAGCAGAGCACUACGGACUUGCGACUGAUGAUCCAGCAAACUGCUGCCUUACAGAUUCGCAUAGACCGCGCCAAAGCAACCUACCAGGAGCUGCUUGAGAAGAUGAAGGUCUGCCAAUCUGAUUUGCAGAGCAAACAAGCUGAAGUCACGGCUAUGCAGUCGGAGUUGGAAGCCACACUCCGUGCUGAUGCUUCGGGUCUGGAGGACCCCGCGCGCAAGGACGAUCCCUUGGAAGGGCUUCUAGAUACGCUUGCCAAAGUUGGAAUUGUCCUGACCCAGGAGCAGAAGGAGCUUUACGAGGAGGCCCAGCGCGGCAAGCUUAAUGAUGGGCAGCAGAAUAUGGAAGUUGAAGCCACAAACCAGCCUGGUUUGACGGCUCCGACCCGUGCCCCGCUGAGCCAAACUCUGCCAGAACACAAGGGCACUGAGCCGCAUGAGCAAACCAAGCCCAGGUCUGGUUUCGAGGAAGGUCCUUUAAGUGGGGAGAGUGGGCAACCUGCUUGUGCAUUUCAGCCUGCCCUUCAGCUUGAUCAAGACGUUUCCUGUGCCCCUGCGUCCAGCUCUCAGCCAUGCGGGUUUUCCGGCGAAUCGGUUAAGCGACCCAUUUCUUUGUACAGUGAUUUGUUUUCAUUGGGGGAGUGCCAACCUCAGCAGCCCAAGUCCUUAGAGAAGGAAGAAUGGGAUUCUUGUGGGGAUCUGAGUGCCUGGCAGACUGUUACCAAAGGAUUGCGCCACAGCACCCCGCUGCAGUCCCAGGACACCCAACUCAUCACAGGGCCCCAGUUCUGGCCCCCAUCUUUCUCGACAACUGAGUUUGAUGAGGUCCCUGUGACCGGUGCUUCUCCAAUCUCUGCUUUUGUGGCCACAACCUCAGCAACGGCAUCUCAAGUUGAGGAGUUUCCUCGCUUACAGGCGUCGGGGAGCCAUGCCGAGGUGCCACCUUUGGCAAGCCCACACAGCCAGUGGCGAAAACUCGAAGGCCAGGUGUGGGAGGCUGUCCAGAACCCAGAUCUGUUGGGAGCAACUUCAGAGGUUGUCGGCCACCUUCUUGAUCAGGUUGAGCAGGGCAGCUUAGGUUGGUGGCUGUGCCAGGAGAUCUUGGCCCUCCAACGUUCUUUUGACUUGACUUUGCUCUUGCUUGUUGCUCGGGGCUUUGAAGUUUUGUGCAAAUCGCAGCCACAGGGGCACAGGCAAAUGCGAGUCACAUCUUGCAACAUUACUUCUUGGAGACCAGAAGUCAAGCAAUGGUUUUCAGCUCAAGGGGAUGUUAUCUUGAUUCAGGAGCACCAUCUUUUGGAGUCCCAAGUUGUUGCUGAAAUCUCGUCUAUGGCUGCCAUGGGCUUCGACUCCUUCCUUUUGCCCGCAGCCCCUGGGGAAGGUCAGUAUACCAACCAAGGUUGUGGCUACGUGGCGGUGACGCUACGCACACAAGGGGCUGACUUGACAGUAGUUAGCCUGUACCUCCAGUCUUCCUCCGGCUUCGGGUCCCCGGUCAACUCUGACAUCCUUGCAUCUCUGCGCGCAAUUCGUCAAUCUGUGAGGGGCCCAAUCCUGAUAGGUGGAGACUGGAACUCGCCUUUGAAGGAUUUGUUGGACACUGCCAUUUUUCAAAGUUUGUCCCUGGAACCAAUUGGGCCCAACCAAGCCACCUGUGGUGACAAUGAGCUUGAUUUUCUGGCUGUAUCACACUGCCUGGAAGGUUUGCUCCGGGUUGAUGCCUCCUGGGAUGUUCCUUUCAAGCCACAUGCAGCAAUCCAAGUUGCCCUCAAUGUGGGCGCUUUCCAGCUCACCACUCCACAGCUUCCCUCCUUUGUGCUCUCCUUCAGGGAAGAACCGCUUGAUUAUAUACAGGUUGAGGAGACCCUCGCCUCUUUGCCGGAUACCGCCUUUUCGGCUGACCCCCUGAGCAAUCGACUGGCUUCCAUUUCCAGUUCGGUGGAGCACAGUCUUUUGCAAUCGUCCCAGGGUAUUGGUCGCCAACUCCAAGUUGAAUUCCUCCCUGCUGUUCCUCGCAUGUCCCAGUUCGCAUGGGAAGGUUCUUGCCAGGCUUUUUGGCACCGGGUACAAUUCCUGUGCCAGGGAGACCACCCCAAACGUCGAGAGCAAUGCCAGGAGUAUUUGCCGCAGAUCCUGGACCACUGGCAGGGCAACUCGGAGGAGGCUGUUUCUUUUCUUUCUACGCUCCAGGCCUGUCUCUCGGAGCAGGCUGCUGUUCCCGAGCCCGUCCAGCAAUUAUUGCAGGAGCAAUUUCUGCUGGCCUCUAAAGUUCACCAGGAUGCCCAGACCAAGUCGUACAGGUCGUGGUUGCAGGGAGCCCAAGAAAAAGGGAUGGCUCCCCUUUUCAAGACGAUCAAAAAAGGUGAAAUCACCACUGCACGUCCCUUUCGGGAUCUGUCCGCAGAGGUCCGCGCCCUGGCUAGAACCAAACUAUGGCUCCGCACUUGGAAAGGCGUACUUAGAGUUGAGGACCUUCCUCCUCUUCCACACGCAGAGCAACAGGCUCGCGGAAAGCUACGGGAACUGGCUGCUCAGCAGGUCGCUACCCUGAGCCCCAUUUCCCCGGAACAGCUGCAACAAAGGUUUUCCAAAGGCAGGGUCACUGCCCCAGGACCGGACGGCUGGAGCAAGUCCCUUCUCAAGAAAUUGACUUGGCCAAUGCUUCAGGACAUCGCUGAAUUUUAUCAGGAGCUCGAAAGAGGCCUCCGAGUCCCGCAGCAGUGGUCCCUGAUCCAAGAGUGGACGGUCUCCUACCAGGCCCUGGCUCCUUGGGAUGCCGCAGUGCCAGGUCGAACAUCUUUAGACAUCGGCAUCCGCCGGCUACUGGCCUCACUCACAACAUCGACCAGUGGCUUGAUGACAUUUCGGCUGACGUGGUAG